AUGAAAUAAUUUUAAUAAUAUACAAAUUGGAUUAUAUGUCUAGAUCCUGAUAGUCGUUAAAUUUAUUCCACCAACGGAGACAUCAUCAUCAUAGAAACCCAUGUGGAUCCUCAGUACAAACAGAAAUGCGAGAACGCUCUGCAGGAUAUGGAUUACAUUCUGUAUAAUCAUGAGAAUGUAGCACAUUGGUUACAGGAUUCGAGCGAAGUAGAAUAAUACAGAAGGAGAAACAUCCCUUCGUAUCUUUUGCACCCGCAACAACAACAAUAUCGGAGGUAUUUGGUGGAAUCCAAUAUGGGAUUCUCAUUUAGUAACAUCUACACUAUUAAAUUCAACAUCAUCUGCCAAUGCCAGAACGACCUCUUGAAUGGGAAAGAGACCAAAAUCGAAUUCAAUUUGAUGACGAGUGCCGACGAAGCCAUCCAGAUGAUACUGAAAUAACUACAAAAUCAAUAGUCCAAUCCUCCUCAGUACAUUUUGCAAGUGGACGGAUAUCAGGAGUACAUCUAUGGAGAACAGCCUCUGUUGCAAUUCACUCGAAUUCGAAACAUUAUCAGAGACAGCCAAGUCUUAAACACCAUUUUGAUUGAUUAUUUGCCUUCCAGCAAUUUCGAUUACCCCCCCAUUUACUUGAGAGCCAAGGAUAAUUACGAUUUGAUUGGGGACUGGAAAAAGUAUCUAGAAAUCCCUGUAUUCAUAUGGUAUCCGAAAUAGAAGAUAGUCAAUCAGCAGAUCAGCAUCCUAAAGCAAAAUAGAAUUGUAAAUGAUUUGGACUUCAUUUACUCAGGACAAUGCGAUUUCUACUUCAGUUUCAAAAUAAUCAAAAUAGACCACCUCAAGAAUCUGUUCGAAUCUGACUUUGACAGAUUGGGCAAAAAGAGAUCCACCUACAAUGGAACAACCAAAUUGAACAACAUCACCAAAAAUCAGCCCUCCAAAAUCAACAAAAACAAGGACAUCCUUAUGUUCCACAGGAAAGAGACUCAACAGGACGAACCCUACAUCCCCAUCAGAUACUUGUCAUUUGGAGGAGUCGAGAACCGAAAUUACAUCAAGUAGAUACAGUCCCUAUUCAAUCUCAACUUCGAACCCUUCCUUAUAUCGAUUGAGGCCUCCCUGUAUUAUGGUGACAAGUUAUUAACCAAUUCAUCGGUGAUCGAAUCAUAACUCAUUCCUUUUUCAUUCACUCCCACCUUCAAUGCAUCCAUUAAAUUUAGUCAAAUCAAAUACUCCAUGUUGCCGUUGGAAGUUAAAUUAUGUUUUAGGGUGUUGAUCUAUUCCUGUCACGGAGAAUCCCAAAUUGUGGGCAGCACCAGCAUGUACUUGUUCGAUCAGAAUUCAAAGUUCAAACAAGGACUGCAAACCCUCAAUUUGUGGCCAUUCUAUGACAUCAACCCGAAGAUCGGAUGCUUCCAGGAUUUCAAGGGAGAAAUCAAUUUAGACAACAUCUACAAGAGAUGCAGACCCAAGUGUUACAGCUACUUGUCGAUUAAGAUGGAUUGCUUCAGUUCUCAAUUGAAAUGGUCCUUGAGGGAUCAGAAGUUCCAACAAUUUCAUCAGGGGAGUCUGAAGGAUUGUUUGAAUGUUAAACAUUAUGCAGAUUUGGUGAGAUCGGAUCCCCAAUUGCAAAAGCAGAUUGAAACUAAGAAGAAUUAUCAUUACGUCAAGGAUCAGAGGAUCCAAUUCGACCUAGAUAAAACCACAGGGUCCAUCAUGUCUUAAAAUAAGAGGAAGGGAAUCAGCAUCCUUCAGAAUAUAGAUAGCUAAAGAUCAAGUAAUUUCUCAUAAUUAGCUAGAAAUUCACUAAACAACUUUUUACAAUAUUUUAUAUCAAAUAGAUUGACUUCUAAUUAUUAUAAAGAAAAUAGCGAUAGAUUAGGUCUGGCUUAUCCCUACAAAGAUAUUGAUUAAACUCCAAAAACAGAGGAUCUAGCCUACUUAUAAACACUAUUAUCAGCUACCUCACUGGACAGAGUGCAUUACUCGCAAUUGGACAAAUUUCUAUUGAUGAUAUGUCGACACCAUUACAAAACAUUGCCUUAUGCCUUGUAAUUAUUCCUGAAGGCUGUUAAUUGGGCUGACCCCAAACAAGUACGAGAAGCCCAUCAAAUGAUCAAGGAGUGGAUUCCAUUGCCACCACAAAUAGCACUGAUUUUGAUGGACUCCCAUUUCCCAGAUGAGAUUGUUCGCUUGUAUGCAGUGGAUAGAAUAAGUCUCCUAUCUGAUGACGAGUUGAGUCUCUACUUGUUGCAACUAAGUCAGGCUUUGCAAUUUGAGAAGAACAUCUACAAUCCAUUGGGAGAACUACUUCUAGAGAGAGCAUCCGCAAAUCCUUUUCAGAUUGGAUAAGAAUUUUUCUGGCUUUUGAAAUCGCAAUUGAAUUUGAAACCAUCAUUUCUGAGGUAUUUCAUAUGGCUGGAGCAAUUGAUAAUGAUAUGUGGGUAAUUCAGAGAGACAAUCGUCAAGGAAGUGAGAUUGAACAAUCUGUUAAUUGAGUCCUCUCUCAAGAUAAAGAGCAAGUAGGUGGGGACGGAGAUGCAAUAGAAGACCGAUGCUUUGAAGAAAGAGUUACAGUAUAUCACUUAGAAUGUGGUUCAGCCAUUUACAUUUCCAAUUGAUGCUCGUAUGCAGAUUGCCAGUUUUGACAUCGAUCAAUGCAAGGUGUUGAAUUCAAAGAAACUGCCACUCAAAUUGUAUUUGAAAUCCUAUUAAAAAUCGAUCAAUCAAUAGAUCAAUCAACUGCAGGUCAUAUUUAAGAAUGGAGAUGAUCUGAAAUAAGACAUGUUGACUCUGCAGAUUAUCAAGAUCAUUGAUACGAUAUGGUUGGAUUCAGGAUUGGAUUUUAAGAUGAAACCCUACAAAGUGAUAGCCACUGAUGAUUAGGUUGGAAUGAUUGAAGUGGUAUUGGAUUCAUUGAACAUUUCUGAAAUCCACGAUAAGAUUGGGGCAUUUGGAGCAUUUGAUGAAAAAGCACUCAUCAAUUAUCUCCAUCAACAGAAUCAGAAUGCUGAAGAUUUAAACAGAUCCAAAGACAUUUUCCUUAGAUCUUGUGCUGGCUAUUGUGUUGCCACUUAUGUUCUGGGGAUUGGCGAUAGACACAGUGGCAAUAUCAUGAUCAAAUCAAGUGGACACAUUUUUCAUAUUGAUUUUGGACAUUUCCUGGGCAAUUUCAAGAUCAAGUUUGGAAUCAAUAGAGAAAGAGCCAAGUUUGUUUUAACUCCAGAGAUGUUGACAGUGAUGGGUGGUUAGGACAGUGAAACAUUCAGGUAAUUCGAGAAGCAUUGUUUGGAUGCCUAUAAUUUGAUUAGAAAACAUGGGAGAUGGUUGGUUGAUUUAUUCUUGAUGAACUUGACUGCUGGGAUACCGGAAUUGUAAAAUGCAGAAGAUGUGAGGUAUUUACAGGACAGAUUGGCUUUGAAUCUCUCAGAACAAGAGGCAACCAUGAAAUUCAGACAGGAAAUAAUUACAUCGAUUAAUGAUAAAUGGAGAAGAGUUGACAACUUUUUUCAUACUCUUAAAAGAAAAGGAUGA